GACAUUUGUGAAUGACGGUACAGAGGGGGACUUGGGAGAAGCGAGAUUCAGCUCAAGGACGGAACAAAUCUCUGUCUUUUUGAUAAACCAUGGCAGAUUGUGAUGGUUUGAUCGAUGAGUGCCCUCUUCUGAUACCUCAGAACAAACAGAAGACCGUGUUUGAUGGCUUCAUUAUGGUUAAGGACAAAGAGUUUCGUAUAAGAAUUCUGUUGCCAGAACAGAAAUGUUUGCGAAAUGCAAGACUUCAAUGUAGCUGGCAGUUAAAACAAGUCUUGCGAGGAUACCAGCACAUAGUAAAGCAGAGACUGCAACACUGCUCUGACUUGGUCAGUUUCAUGUUGGAAUUCAAGACUGUUUUGGAAAUUGCAUUAAGGAACAAAAAUGACCUGGCAGCUCCUCCUCCUCCACAAUAUUAUGCACAGCUUAUUAAAGAAAUUGAAAGUUUGGGUUGGGAUAAACUUGCUUAUAUGGAUGCAGAGUUCAGAACCAUUAAGCUGAAAGCUGAGGAUUCUGCAGGUCGAGAGCAUAUGAUCACAAUUAAAUUAAAAUCAAAGUACCCAGCUGAACCACCUGAUUGUUCCACAGAUUUUCCUGUUCCAUUUGUGAUUUCUUGGACACAGCAGAGCUGUUUGAUACAUCUUCACAGUCAGUUUCUGGCAGCAGUGGAGUCACUGCAGGAAUUCUGGGAUAUUAUGGAUGAGAUAGAUGAGAAGACCUGGGUGCUAGAACCAGAAAAACCAGCACGUGCAACCACAACGCGCAGAAUUGCCAUUGGUAACAAUGUUUCAAUAAAUAUAGAAGUGGAUCCGCGGCAUCCUAAAAUGUUGCCUGAAUGCUGCUUCCUUGGUGCCGAUCAUGUGGUAACUCCACUGAGAAAUAAACUGAACGCCAACAUGCAUCUUUGGUCUCCAGAGUGCACCGUGCUGCAAAAUCUAAAGGAUAUGUUGGAGGUAGACUUUCCAUCCCCGGACAGUCAUGAAAAGUCUAGUUUCAGUAUGGAAUGUGGAAUCUGUUAUGCAUACCGUCUGGCUUCAUCCAUACCGGAUCAAGUGUGUGAUGACCCGCGCUGUGGUCAGCCAUUCCAUCAAGAGUGCCUUUAUGAGUGGUUACGAGGGCUGCCUCAUUCAAGACAGAGCUUUAACGUCAUUUUUGGUGAAUGCCCUUAUUGCAAUAAGCCAAUUACAGUAAAGAUGACUAUCAAGAAAUCCUAACCACGGUUGUGUGAAGAUUCUUCAUAUGAAUAUUUGUUAACAAGAUGUCUAAUUUCUGAAGUUGACAACCAUGUUAAGAAAUUUAUUAAUCUAUUCCUAAUUGUAAGAAGAUUAACCUUGUAUAUCUGACAGCUUAUAAACAUGAUUUAAUGAAUACUGUGAUUGCGUACACUAAUUUGUCAUAACUGCAAAUAGUUAAUACAAUUCUUGUGAUAAAAAGAAUUUCAAAAUCCCAUUUAACAAAAGCUGAUUCAGAUUUAUUCUGUCGCCAUAAAUAAACUGAUGUAGAGUGUUCUUAAUAGUGCUAAAUUUAGUCUGUUUAUUCAAUAGCUUUAUGCAAAAGAGGCUGUUAAACUGUCUGAAAAGUUAACUUAUUACACAGCACAGAAAGAGUGACGGCUCUGAUAAAUUGUACAGUACUUAAAAAAACAUGAUUACUAGGAUUAUCAAUACUAUCAAGACAAGAACCGCAAAACCAUACAGUAAGACAUCUGAUUUUAUUCGGAUUUGAUCCUGGAACAUGAUGGACGGUACUGUUGGCUCAGUCACUCUUGUUUCCUUCUGAACAGUCAUUGUGACCUCUGGUUUACUGUAAGUAAGCUGAGGACCUCUUGGAAGUUCAGUUGGACCAAUUAUUCUUGCUUUGUUCUGAACAGUCAUUGUGACCUCUGGUUUCCUAACCUUGACCUGAGGUGAUAUUGAGGAUUCAAAUGAACCAAUCAUUUUUGAUUUGUUUUGUACAGUCAUUGUGACCUCUGCUUUUCUAUCCCUUCGCUUCAGUGAAGUUGCAUGUUCAACAUUACGCAGUGUGUUACUUUUCUCUUUUGUUGAUUUUGGUUCGUGUUGAGUUUGUUGUCUUGUUUUGUGUCUUGUUACAGCAGCCUGUAUGAGAAAUUUAUUAUACACAUUAAAAUGAUGAAAAGUAA